AUGGCGCAGCCUGAUGCGCCCACUCCCUCGGCGCCCUCUGUGUUGAGCAAAGUCCGGGAGAAGCUGCCGGACAAGCCUUUGCUGGUGACUGGCGCCGUGGGUGGGCCAUUGGUCAUUUGGCUAUGCACUCCGCUGCGCAAUGGGCUGACCCUGGGGUCUAAGGACAAGACUUCCAACUUCGCGGGGCUCUACCGGAAGGUCUUCCGUGGCGGCCCGCAUGCCGGUUGGACAGGUGGCCUGGCGCCAGCCGUUGUGGCCUGCCCGCAGUUCCUGCUGCUGGGGCCGGCACGCGGAGAGGGGCACUGGGACUGGGAGCAUAGCGAAGCAAGCCGUCGCGCAGCUGUACCACCUCUUCAACACCGUCCUGUCGGAGUUCUCUGGCUGUGGCCAACUGAGUCCAACCUCCGGUCCACGCCUUGGCUGCUCAGCCGUAGCUGCGCUGGGGUCGGCCUUGGGCGAGACGGUGCGCCAUUUCAAUCGCGUCAGAGGAGCUUUAAUUUUUAUCGAGGCUCCAUUUCAAUGCAUGCGCCUCAUGCGCCUCAUGCGCCUCAUGCGCCUCCUGCGCGUGACGGGCUCAAGGUUUGUGGCCGUAGGGUGUGCUCAUGGACGCCCAUGCUUCCAGGCAAGGGCGUCUCCUUCGAUGGCCGAGGUGCUGAAGAGGGCGAAAGGGAUGAGAAAGAUGCUGCCAAGCCCGUGCAGAGCCGCGCCGCGGCGCGGGACAACUUCUUGUCCGCUGCCGUGCUGGGCAACAUGGUCAGCUUGGGAUCUGAUGCCAACGCAGGGAUGAUGGCCGUGCGACAUGCCCGGAUCAUCCAGCAACUCAUCCUGGGCUCGGGCAACGAAGCCAGCAAGGCUUAUGAGAAAUGGCAGCGGCGCGGCAAGGCAUCCAUGGUCAAGAACAGCGACGACUUGCAGAACGACGUGAGGAAGGCCGGGAACAAGAUGCGCCAGCGGCGCCGGACCAACUUGCUGUCGCGCCUGAACUUGAACCCGGAGACGCCCAAAGAGCCCGAAGCCAGCGACCGCGAGCGGGAGCCAGGCGGAGAGCCCGAGACCCCAGAGAGCGAGGAGUCGAGUUCGAGUUCUAACACUAGCACAACUUCUAGCAGCGAUGAGGAUGAGGUACCAGGCCUGGCGCCGGGGCUGGGCUUCAUGCGAAUGACCGGGCGCCGGCAAUCCUUGUCCGGCAAUGACGCCGCCCCGAGUGGGGCCUUGUCCGGCUUGGCUGCAGUGUCUGUCAUCGCGCAGAGGAGAAACGGGCUGCGGCAGCCAUCCCUGGCAGGGCUGCACCCCAGCGAGAUGAUGGCGCGGAAGCGGCAGUCUCAACAGGGUCAUUGGGGUCAGCUGGCUGGGCUUGCACACCUGUUGGCUCCUGGCGGGGACCGUUCAAGCGUAGGCCGGGCCAGUAUCUCUGAUCCCAAUGGGACAGGCACUGCCUCGCCACGACGUUCAGGGGAAGGCAAGAGUGACAUAGAAGAGGAGGAUGAAAGUGAAGAAGAUACUCCGGACGAAGAUGCGGGCUUUGAGCUGAGCCCAGCACAGAAGAGGAGGUUGGAAGAGGUGUACGGCAUCUCAUAUCGCAGGACCCCGGCGUGCUGGCAUGAGCUGGCUCCCACCUUGAAGCGCUUCCACCUCGAUGUGGCUGCCAAGCUCGGCCUCGAUGCAGACGCCGGCGACUGGGAUCCAGGCGAGACGUACCAGCUCUCCGUGGCCAAGUUGGAGGAUUUGGCAGAGCAGAAGGUGCAGAGGCGACUGCAGCGGGCUGCAGUAUGGAUCCAAGCCAGGUGGCGGAGCCACAAGAUCCGCAAGCCUAUACGCCAGGUCAUUUUCAAGAGGAUGGACGCCCGCCGGAAGAUUCGGGCCUGGCUCUGCGCGCGGAUCCGCAGGAGACACAAUGAACCAUUUGCGCGCCUGCAUCCAGUCAGCCAUGAAAAUCCAGGCUCAUGCAAGGCGGUGGCUGGUGCAGCGUCAUUUGGCGGCAGCCAAAGGCUUCCACCAGGUGCAGUUCCGCAUGGCAGCGCUCCAGGAGAAGCUUUACCCCACGCAGGACAGGGAGCAAGACCAAGAAGCCGCCGAGAGGCUUGCCAUGGGCCAGGAGGAGGCGCUGUCGCAGCAGGCCGAGGCUGCCUGGAAGCGGCGGGAGGUGGAGGUCCGCCGGGCUGUGGCUGUGCUGCAGCCUGCCUUGAAGCGCUGGCUCUCGCGCCUGAAGAGGUGGCGCCUGCUGGAGGAGUCCGAAAAGGAGGACAAGCGCCCGCGCGGGUUCGGCCUCAGCCAUGCAACUGCAAGGAGUGGCAAGAAGGGCGGCCAUGA